ACGACUUUCAAAAGCCUAACUUCUUGGGUGGGAAAUCAGAUAGUCUAUCGUUUAAUAUUAUACAUUUCCAGUGCAAUAUCUUUUUUUCUAAUGGUAUUAUAAUUGAUUAAUAUAUUUUAAAUAAUUAUUUUAAAACUUUUUUUUGGCCAAUAUUUAAAAUGAAGCUCUUUUUUUUUUUCUUCGUAAAAGAAUGGUUUUCUUCAGCCUUGCGACUUUAAUUCCAAACGAGCCGCCCUCUAAUCAAACCUAUAAACGCAACUGAAAGUUUUUGGAAAUAAAAGCAGAGCAAAUUGUGAAGGGAUAAGAGUUUAUUUGGAAAGAAACAAACAAAAAUGGAGAUAAGUUCAAGAAAGGGAUAUAUUAUUUCAAAAUUUAUCUAUCCUCUAAUUGACAAAGGUAUGUAUAUAUAUAUAUUUUUAUUACAAAACAUGGUUUAUUCAUUUAUUUAUUUUUAAGAAUCAAAGCAUAUGAACCAUGAGACAAAUAUAAUAAUGGAAACUUUAAAUCAAAUAUCAUGAUGGUCAAUUGACUCUCAAUAAUUAUGAACAAAUUCAUGGAAAUGAAAAAAGAAAAAAGGUCAACAGCAAAACUUCAAGGAUUUGAAAUCGAUCAAAACAGGUUAUAUAUAAUAGCCUUAACAAUACAUUUAGGAAACUAGUUUUGGGAUGAAGCAAGGUUCCUUGUUAAAGAUGGUUAAGUUCUGAGUUGCUUAAGCAACCUCUAGUCCAACCCCCUAAAUCUGACCAUUUGUCCCCUUGAAGACGAGCACGCUAGCCCAACUUGGCCACAUGGUUACUUUCAUAAUCAACAAUGCAACACACUACUCCUUGCUCUCUCUGCUUAAUACUAGAGACCACACCCAGAAAUGGACUCGCAUUUCUUGCCUGCUAAACUUUUGCUUCUUUAGCGGCAACAGACCCAUUGAGAUUUGAGUGGGCCUUGUCUUUUGCAUUAAGGGGGAACCUAAUGCUGCCAAAAUUGCUUAUCUUCUUCUAUAUUUGAGGUUGAGUUUUGCCAUUAGAGUUGACAUAUCUGAAUCAUGGAGGUCAAGCCUGUGAAUAAAGUCCUGGGGUUCGGUAUGGUGAGGACCUUAACUUUAGUUGCUUGCUUGGUGGCUUUCCCAACUCUAAUUAUGCUUUCUGUGAUUUACCAAGUUGGCAUGUUAAAUCUACCUGAGGAAUUUGAUAAAGUCAAUAUCCUGGAAGGAAUAGCUCAAAAUGCUGCUCAUUUUGAUGUUGGUGUUAACAACUUGCUUGGUGGACUACUACCUUCAGGAUUUGAUCAUGAAUCCUGCUUAAGCAGAUACCAGUCUGUCCAAUACCGCAAACCUUCCACUAAAAAGCCUUCUCCUUACCUCCUCUCCAAGCUGCGCAAUUAUGAAAAUCUUCACAAGCGCUGUGGACCUUACACAAAGUCCUAUAACGAAACACUCAAUUUGCUUGAACCUUCGAACAUUUCUAGUCCUUCAGACUGUAAGUACAUGGUUUGGAAAGCUCAAGCAGGAUUGGGCAACAGGAUAUUAACCAUGGCUGCAGCAUUCCUCUAUGCUAUCCUUACAAACAGAGUUUUGCUUGUUGAACAUGAAUCUGACAUGGUUGACCUCUUCUGCGAGCCAUUUCCGAAUACAUCAUGGUUAUUGCCUCUGGAUUUUCCUUUGAAGAAUGAAUUCAGAAAACUGAAUCAGAUGUACCCACGUACAUUUGGAAACAUGCUAAAGAACAACAUCAUUAAUGCUUCAACGGACUUGCCACCAUCAUUUGUCUAUCUUUUUCUAGCUUUCAGGAAUGAUCAUUAUGAUAAACUCUUUUACUGUGAAGAACACCAAGCUCUUCUUCAAAAAGUCCCUUGGUUGAUUGUGAAAUCAGAUGAAUACUUCAUUCCAUCUUUCUUCCUGAUGCCAUCUUUCGAGCAAGAGCUAGACAAGAUGUUCCCUGACAAAGAAACUGUUUUUCACCACCUGGGUAGGUAUCUUUUCCACCCUUCAAACAAGGCAUGGGGACUCAUCACCAGGUUUUAUCAGUCUCAUUUAGCCAAGGCAGAUGAAAGGAUUGGUAUACAAAUUAGGGUAUUUGAUCCUAAAUCCAGUUCAUUUGAAAUUGUAAUGGAUCAAAUUUUAGCUUGUACUCUGAAGGAGAACCUGCUGCCUGAAGUAGACAAAGAGAGGUUCAUAACAUCCCCUUCCAAAAACCAGACAUCAAAAGCUAUACUAAUAACAUCUUUACAUCCAGAAUUCUAUGAGAAUAUGAGGGACAUGUACUGGACAUUUCCAACUUUGUCUGGAGAGGUAAUUGGGGUUUACCAGCCUAGCCAUGAGCAGCAUCAACAGUUUGGAGAUGGCAUGCACAAUAUGAAGGCAUGGGUUGAAAUGUAUCUCCUGAGUUUGAGUGAUUUUCUGGUGACGAGCUCAUGGUCAACCUUUGGCUAUGUAGCUCAAGGCCUCGGAGGCUUGAAGCCAUGGAUUCUUUACAAGCCUGAGCAGCAAGUGAUCCCUAAUCCAGCUUGUCGUCGAGCCAUGUCUAUGGAACCUUGUUUCCAUUUACCACCCACUUAUGACUGCAAGGCAAAGAUGGAAGUUGAUAUGGGUACAGUUGUUCCUUAUGUCAAAUACUGUGAGGAUGCAACUUCAGGGCUGAAGCUUGUGAAUAACAAUUUAUAAUAACUAUAGUUAGAGGUUAAUUUAAUUAUUAUUGAAUUGUAAUUUCAGUUUCUGUUAAUGUAUUGUCCCUGCUGCUAUCUUCAACAAAUUAAAAUGUGAAAGAUACCCAAACAUAAUUUGCUCAACUGGU